AUGAUUCUACGCAAGGCCGGAGCUGCUUUUGCUGCUGGAUGUACCAUGAUCGCCAAGCCAUCCCCAGAGACUCCACUCACCUGCCUCAUCCUCGCGAACCUCGCCACGCAGGCUGGUUUCGGUUCUGGUGUAUUCAACGUCAUCACAACAUCUCUCGAUAACACGCCCGAGGUAGCCGAAGCACUAUGCAAACACCCUCUAACCAAGAAGGUGUCGUUCACCGGCUCUACCGCGAUCGGGAGUCUGAUCGCCAAGCAUUGCUCUGAGGGCCUCAAGAAAAUCACUCUCGAGCUCGGAGGAAACUGCCCAUUCAUCAUCUUCGACGACUGCAACCAGGAACAGGCCCUGGAGGCAUUGCUCGCGCUGAAGUGGAGACACGCAGGACAGGCAUGCAUCACGGCGAACAGAGUCUAUGUACAAGCCAAGAUAUACGAGGAGUUCUUGGACAAGCUGGUUGAGCGUACCAAAACCAUCAAGAUGGGCCACGGAGCAAAGGACGGCACGACAAUGGGGCCUCUGACGACACCCCGGGCAAUUCCAAAGGCCCAAGCUCACGUCAAAGAUGCCGUCGAGGCCGGCGCCAAGGUGGUGCUGGGCGGCAAGGCGGGCACCGAGGUGGGCGUUGAGGCCGGCUACUUUCACGAGCCUACCAUUCUGCGCGACAUGAAGCAAUCGAUGCUGAUAAGCCGGGAAGAGACCUUCGCUCCCGUCCUUGGAGUUUACAGCUUCGAUACCGAGGACGAGGUGGUGAAGUGGGCAAACGACACGAGCAUGGGUCUCGCCAGUUACUUCUUCACCAAGAACAUGGACCGGACCUGGCGCCUCAUGGAGAAUCUCGACGCAGGCAUGAUCGGGAUGAACACUGGCAACUCGUCGGCAGCCGAGUCUCCGUUCGGCGGAAUGAAGCUGUCGGGGUACGGCAAGGAGUCCGGAAAGGAUGUUGCAAUCGAGGAGUACCUGGUUUCGAAGACGGUAACAAUGACGUUGGAGGACCACUACUAA